GUAGUCUCGACUUAUCCUUAAAAAGUAGAACCGAAGAGCAGAGCAGUGCAAUCUAAACAAACUUACAACAUUAACACAGCCGUAUAAUGCCUGACUGGGAAAGAUCAGUGAAAAAUGAAGUUAUUUAUAACAAUGUAGAUACUGUAGGACAUCCUGAUCUGAGGAUCGCAGAGAAACAGCAGCCACUUCAACACACAGGAACUGUCUCAGUGAAGAACAGAAAGCACAGAGCAGCUGAAGUGUGUUUGCGUCUGCUGUGUUUUCUUCUGCUGACUGCUGUAAUAGUGAUGUUUGUGUGUCUCACCUCCGAGAGAAAGCAGUUACUAACUCACAUCAGUAACCCGACUGAAGAAAGAGAGAAGAUACUUACCAAAUAUGAGCAGAUACUGAACCACAACAAUAACCUGACUGAAGAAAGACAGAAGACACUUACCAAAUAUGAGCAGAUACUGAACCACAACAAUAACCUGACUGAAGAAAGUGAAAAAUUAAAGAAUGACAAGAACCGACUGCAUACUUGGCUUUAUGAACAAGAUCAGUGUGCUGACAACUUUAAAUGGAUUUACUACAACUUCAGCUUUUAUUAUAUUUCAUCUGAGAGGAAGAGCUGGAGUUACAGCAGACAAGACUGUCAUCAGAGAGGAGCAGAUCUGGUGAUCAUAAACAGCCGAGGGGAACAAGUGAGUGACAAAGAAAAAGAGUUUGUGCAUUUGUUUGUGUAUACAUUGGCUGCAUAAGAGAACGUGAUUUGUUUACAUAUUUAUUUGAACCUAAAAAGCUGGUCCAGUUAAUAUUAACUGUAAACGCAUGCAGACAAAGUAUAUAUUUUUACAGAGGUUUGCUGUUUCUGAAUAUUUUUGGGUCAGCCUGAUAAAAAUAGAAAGACUGUGGAAAUGGAUUGAUGGCACCACAAUGGCACAUAGGUGAGAGAUCACUGAAUUUAGCUGAUCAUUAGUCUAAAAAGUUUCUACAAUUAUAUGUGACCCUGACCACAAAACUAGUCUUAAGUAGCGCAGGUCAAAACUAUCGAUUUUUGUUUUAUGCCAAAAAUCAUUUGGAUCAUUAAGUAAAGAUCAUGUUCCAUGAAUAUAUUUUGUAAUUUUUCUAUCGUAAAUAUAUCAAAACUUAAUUUUUGAUUAGUAAUAUGCAUUGCUAAGGACUUCAUUUGGACAACUUUAAAGGCGAUUUCUCAAUAUUUAGAUUUUUUUGCACCCUCAGAUUCCAGAUUUUCAGACAGUUGUAUCUCAGCCAAAUAUUGUCCUAACAAACCAUACAUCAAUGGAAAGCUUAUUUAUUCAGCUUUCAGAUGAUGUAUAAAUCUUAAUUUCAAAAAAUUGAACCUUAUGACUGGUUUUGUGGUGCAGGGUCACAUAUUAUAAACAGAGCCUAAACAAUUCAAAAAUGAAUGUUUUAGGUCCUGGACUGACAGCUGUAACUGUGGCAUACUGGGUGCAUCAAUGAUUCAAUGUUAUCACUGCGAUUUUACAUACAGAUGGAUCUG